CGCACUGAACUCAGACCAUCUGAGAUUCUUCCAACUACAUCUUUUGCGACGAGCGCCUCAACAUUUCUAACUCUAGCCCGGGCAAAUGUCCCAGUCUACCAUUUUCUUAAUUCGCUUUCAAUCUUCAAUUCCACGCAACCAACAUGGGAAUUUGCGCUUCCUGCCUCGGCAGCCGACGCCGCGAUUCAUACGAAGAAGAUGACGUAUCCCGACUACUUUUCGAUGACCCGAACAAUCUUCAAUACGGAAGUUUUGGCGAACAUAAUUUAAAUACCCAAGCCGAUCCGCUCGAGUCGCAACGAGAAGUCGAAGCCUUGCAAAGAGUAGUAGCGCGCACCUCUAAUAAUCUUGUUGACGUCUUCGAAAUCACCCCACAAGAAUCGCAAAGAACUCAACCCACACUCUUCUCGGGACAAGAGGCUCGUCUAGCUCGCUACCAGAAUAUACUAUCAAAUCUCUCUCCAGAGGGAACCGCUACAUCUAUAGAUGGUGGCCCCGGCGCGGUGGAAUGGUUGUUAAAUGAGGAUGAUUCUGUCGAAUUGCAAGGCAAAGCUCCGAGCAUCAAGGACGAAGCGGGGGGACCUCUUGUAGGAACGUUCGCAGAUAUAACUUCGAUCAGGGCAUAAAAGGAAAGAUACCUGGAUGGAUGAAUGACGCAACCUAUUUUGGUGGGAAAAAAUUGUAUGGUUCGGCUCCAGUCAACUAAUGAUGAAAUACAAACUGGUCUGGAGCCAAACCGACUUGAGGAUGAUUUUUCACGGAUGGCUCAAAAGUAGGGGGCGGGUCUCGUUCUAGUCCAAUCUUGGAUUGCGUAGCGGAGACCCAGAUCCAUUUACCAAAUUAAGUUGACGAAUCCAUCCUCUGUCCACUUACCAACCUCUCACGAGCACUAUUGCAGCCAAUCAGAUACCAGUUUCUGGGUCUUUAGAGGAGCCAAUCCAUUAAAUAUUAGCCACGUGCCUAAGUGUGACCCGGUUCUUCAUAAUAGUAUGCGGGUUCGCUAUAAGAGUCCCGCCUGUUUGGUACGCCACUGUAUAGAUAUUUCAUAAUAUCAAAUCGAUUUUCGUCC